CAUCAAUCAGCUGCUGUUGUUUAAGUGGUUACUUGACUCCCACCAUUUUGAUUGGCGUUUUGGUUUGAAGAAAUGGCUAGGACGAAACAAACCGCAAGAAAGUCAACUGGUGGCAAAGCACCGAGAAAGCAACUUGCAACCAAAGCUGCACGCAAGUCUGCACCAUCAACGGGUGGUGUAAAAAAACCUCACCGUUAUCGUCCAGGGACUGUUGCUUUGCGAGAAAUCCGUCGUUAUCAAAAGUCCACUGAGUUGCUGAUACGAAAGUUGCCCUUCCAAAGAUUAGUUCGCGAAAUCGCUCAAGAUUUUAAGACUGACUUACGUUUUCAGAGCGCUGCAGUUGGUGCUCUUCAAGAAGCAAGUGAGGCAUAUCUAGUUGGUCUGUUCGAAGAUACAAACCUUUGUGCGAUUCAUGCUAAAAGGGUUACAAUUAUGCCGAAAGAUAUCCAGUUGGCUCGCCGCAUUCGAGGAGAAAGAGCUUAAAUUUUCAAUCAAUAAAUGUUAACUUAAUUU